GUGGCCGGCAGGCGGCGCCGCGUCCCGGGGAGGAGGCGGGAGCCGGGCCGGAGCAGCGGCGGCGGCAGCAGGGCUGGGAGGCGGAGGCGAAGGCAGGAGCCGUCCCUGCUCCGUGCAGCGGCUGCUCGGAGCUCCCGGGACCAUGGAGGCGCCGGCGCAAGGACUGCUGGAAGCACAGCCGUUGCAUGAGGCAGAUGAAGACACUGUUACUGAUAUUGACUUCACCACCAUGAUUUCUGAAGAAGAGAAAGAAGAGUUAAAGAUUGAGCUAGCCAAGCUAGAGGAUGAAAUUUCAACCUUACGACAAGUGUUAGCAGCCAAAGAGAAGCACCUGGUGGAAAUCAAGCAAAAGCUUGGUGUCAGCUUGAUGAAUGAGCUGAAACAGAACUUCAGCAAAAGCUGGCAUGAUGUACAGACCACUUCUGCGUAUAAGAAGACACAUGAGACUUUGAGCCAUGCAGGACAAAAGGCAACAGCUGCUAUCAGUAAUGUAGGAACAGUCAUCAGCAAGAAAUUUGGAGAUAUGAGUUACUCUAUUCGCCAUUCCAUAAGCAUGCCUGCUAUGAGGAAUUCUCCAACUUUCAAAUCUUUUGAGGAAAAGGUUGAGACCACUGUUACAAGCCUUAAGACUAAGGUUGGUGGAACAAACGGGGGAAGUUUUGAAGAAGUUCUCAGUUCUGCAGCCCACGCCAGUGCUCACAGCUCUAUUUCAGAUACACGACUUCCUGAGAACGAAGAGGAGCUGCAGUGUUAGGCUGUUGCCUCUCCUGCUUACCUUCAUCCUCUGCACUGAGACUCGCCCAUCAACCAUUUUAUAUACUGCCUUCCCAUACUAAGCUUGAUACAAGUCUCCAUAAUACCUUGCAAAAGGCCUCGCUGAUGUUGUAGUGUAGGAAUUCUUCUGUACAUAUUUGUACUUUUAAUAGGCUAUUUCCUCAUUAAGCAGUUUGUAUUCUAUAGAAAUUGCACACAAAUUACCAGUUUUUAAUGGUCCAUUUUCUAAAAUGUGAGUGACCAAACAGCUCUUGCUUUCUGGAACUCCCCCCUCCAAAAUCUCCUGAAACCUCUGGAAUUUUAUAUGGAGGAUUCUGUUGGAUAUGUAACCCCAUUUUCAGUGCCACAUCAGACAGAUGGAUCCAGAGCUGUGCAGGGGUUUCUGCAGACAGUAAUCGGCUUUAUGCAAGCUAUCCACCAAAUGAGGCCAGGUGCCCUUUGCUGAGGAAUAUGUGCGCACGGUCCAAGCUACUGCAGGAGUUAAAUAGAAUAAUUUAUUUUUACAGAAAAAGUCUCUUCCUUAUUCACUGCCUUAAUCUGGUGUUGAACUUCACUUCAUCAUGAGAGGUGAGGGGCAGUGAAAUGCACAGUUAUUUAGAUGAAGACUAAGUUGAUACAGCUAUUCUACCAUAGCAAGAAGAGUUGCCAUCUAAAAGCAUGCGCUAUUACUUUUUGUGUGGUUGGUAAGACUUGAUGGUGAAACUUCUGUCUUUCAUUUGGAAAUAAGGGGAAGCUUAUUUUUGACUGAACUGAACAAGUUGCACCAGAAUUAGAGCCUUAAGAGAGACUACGCAUGCAGUAACUAACUCAGUAUGUGCCAUAGGUUAGAUAGAGGGCCUAUGUCUUCAGCCUACAAAGCUGGUAAUUAGUAUGAAAUCUGAAUUUUGCAGUACACAGAUGAGUAUGUGAGUUGAAGUGAAACAAUGACCCAUAUUCUUUCCUGCAUUAGUGAAUCUCAGGACAGAUUUUAAGCAAUUAGAAACAACAUUGAGCCAAUCACCAGAGAUGCCACAAUUCCUUAUAUCCUUUUUAUUGUACUAUAAUGUUUAGGGGAGAAGCUCUACAUUCAUUGUAAUGAUCUGUCAGCUCUCCAACUUAGGCAAAAGAAGUUCCACUAUUCAAUCUGCAGUAUCACUGCACCUUGUAUUACCCAGUUUACCAGAUUGAGAUGAACACAGGCUCAUCAAGUACGAAACUGGACUGGGGGUGGGUGGGGGGCCAGGAAGGGAGCUUGGCCUAUUUUCAAAAUGGGUUAGUUUGCUUGAUUCUAAUGCAAAGCUUCAAAUCAGCUGUUCCAAUGCUGACUUGUAGAUUUUGCUAAAAACUCAUUAGGAAAAUCCAGUUUCAACUGGUUUUCUGUACAAGUUUUUUUUGUUUUGUGAGGUUUGUAUGUUCUAGUUCUUGUACUGUUAAAAUUCCUCCUUAAUCCAUGUGACUAAACACAGUUUGACUGUGAAUACUCAUGUUACCUUAAUGUGAUUUAUUUUAUUAUAGAAGUAAAUUGUUAGUUUUUCAAAUAGUUUUCUUGUGACAGUUUACAGCUUCUGUUGCAGUGUUUCUGUGCAUAAACAGAAAAUUUAUUUAAAAGGAGAAAACAAUUAUAGGUCAACAUAUAUCUUGUGUAAUGAAGUUAGUGCUAUUCUUAUUAAAAAUUAGUUUAUAAAAAUGGAGUCUCGUUACUUAAACUCUGUAUCUUUAGCUGUCCAUUGAAAUGAACUCUGUAGUGCUAAGCAGAUACUGCAUGUAACUAUUUGUAACUAUCAAAAAUAUUGCACAAACUGGUGGUUUAUACCAGCAAAAUAAUUUAUAGCUAGACUCCACCUUAUAGAAAUUACCCAUCAUUAUUUAAAGCUCUGUAAACCAGAUAAUGGAAUCAGUGCAUUGGCAUAACUAUUUAACUGUGUAUAACCCUACCCCGGUACCUGCACAGGAUGGAAGCAUUUUUCUAGAGUGACAUUUCCAUAUUAAACAUUUUGCAUUGAUUUACCAGCAUAUAGCAACCCAGCGAUACCAAGCAUAUGUGCAGGUAAGCACCUUGCUUUAAAUACUGCUUCAGAGAUUUAAAAUAAGUUUUAACAGAGUGGUGCUAUUUUGCCAGUCUCAAAAAUUAAAUAACCUUAUAAAAAAUUUAAAAAACUUUUUAAGCCCGCUCCAUCAAAGUGCAGGCUUAAAAAUGUUGAGCUUCUGGAAAACAGCCUAUUCUGGCUUUUUGCUCUAUUGUAUUUUCAAACUUUCCUUAACAAAGAAGAGGGCUGAAAUAGAAGGUUCUGUUGUAUUCACAGGGCAGGGACUCCAUCUUUGGAAAAACUUUUAAGAAUUAUGAGAUUUGUGAGUGAAAAAAAUGCAGUAUAGCAGCUUACCUCUCCCAGUACCAGCUCUCUCUGAUACCUAAUCCCAGUCCAGGUGAAGCUUUACCAUCUGAGCCUCCUUGCAGAAGUCCUCUUCUUUUGCAUUUUAUCAUCCCAUCAUGAAAGCUUCUUGCUCCUUCAAGGCUCUCUCAGACAUAAGAGGCUCAACUCCACACAGCAUCUAGGUUUCCACAAGCUGCAACUGCACUGCCACCACCUAUCACCUCCAGGCCUUUGGCUCUUUGUGGUUCCAAUAAAAGCUCAGAGAGGCUUUGUACACUCAUGUCCUUUUGGUACACAGCUAGGCCUACUAUAAUGCCCAGAAAAUGCAGGGAUAAGAAACUGCAGUGACAGAUCCCAGUGACUUCACCUGACAUUGUAGCACCUGCUUCUCUGUAUUCAACCACUUAAAUCCAUGACAGUGGAAAGCCAUGCACCACAUCAGCUACUUGAUCCUUGACAGCACUAACUAAUCCUGUAUCCAGGUUUGCUCUCACCCGCACACACAAGGUUUUUGUUGUUCUACUGGAACUGGUCCUUUCCAUGUUAGCUGACCUGCCAGCAGAUAUUCUAUCUUGGCACAGGGUCCAGCACCAUCUUGUACAAGUUUUGCAUUUGCCUCCAACACAACUGCCUUGGAUCAGUCCCAUUCCAUUCACUGCUAAAAUCCCUUCAUCAAAUAUGGCACCACCUACCUCAGCCUGGCUGCCUCUGGAUACUCUGCUAUUCCUAAAUGCAGUAGUUUAAAUCAAGAGGGGUGAUGAGGGGUCAAGACCUGGAUGCUGAAUUAGACUAGGAGGGAGGUGCAAAUAGUGGCUGCCUUGCCAGUGGUUCAGUUGCUACCCUGUACAUUUCUGCAGUCACCCAGGGCAAAGAAGUGCCCAGUUACUUCAUAAAUAGGCUUUUUGGCCUUGGAGCUUUCACUAGCUCCCAGAAUAGUGACACAACUGAUCUUCUGAUCUCUCAUUCCUCAGUGUCAUAGUUUCAGUUUCUAGGGUUGGAAGGGACUUGAACAGAUCCUCAAGUCCAACACCCUGCCCUGGGCAGGAAUGAGUGCUGGAAUCAUAAUACCCCAGCCAGAUAUCUAUCCAACCUCCUCUUGAAGACCCCCAAGGUAGGGGAGAGCACCGCUGUCCUCUGUCCCUGCUUGAGUCAAUUUUAACUGUACUUGCUGAUUGACCAUGGGCCCUCAGAUCAGGAGCAGACAAUUAUUUUGGCUGAAGGGCCGCUUCAUGUGUUUUGGCUAGCCGUCAUGGGCCGCAUGGGCAGCUCCACCCCUUGGUCACCAUCUUGGGGUUGGAAGUCCUUCCCCCCAGCCGCUGACCUUUGCCACCGAAAGUCCCUCCCCUUGACCCCCGGAAAUGCUCCUUUUAGGAGGGGGUGGUUGCAAUCUUGGAACCAGAAAAAAAACAAAUCAUGUUCUACAAGUCAAACACCUGCUAUAACAUAUUUCAAUUUUAUUACAAAAAAUGUUUUUGUCAUAAUUUGUGUUUGUAUACUGUAUAUAGAGGUGAUUGCAGAAUAACUCAAAAAUAAAUUCUUACUGUAUACUGUGGGGGUAUGUGGCUGGGGGGUGUGCGUAUAUGUUGGGAUGUAUGUGUGUGUAUAUGGUAGGGUGUGGGGUGGGUUUGUGAGGGGAUGUGGCUGUGGGGGGGCAUAGGGUAUGUUAGGGGACUGUGUAUAUGUGGAGGAUUGUGUUGUGGGUUUGUGGGGUGUGGGUACCCCCCCCACUCCCCUGAUGGCAGAACAGCAGCAGGUGGGAGCAGUCAGGGUACCAGUGCCCAGCAGAGCACAGCUCUGGCCAGUGCUGCACAUGGUGAGGGGCGCAGCCUCCGCCAGGCCUCCUCUAACACCAGUGCUCCCUGCAAAGCACAUGCGGCCCCCACACUCGCAUGGCACAGGAGGGAAGCGCCAGCGACUUUCCUUGGAGGGUAGGGAAGUCAGCUGGCUCCAGUGCCUGGGGCUUUCCUCCUGUGCCAUGUGAGUGGAGGCUACACGUGCCUGGUGGGGAGCACUGGCAAUACAUGUGACCUGGUAGAGGCUGCCCCUUGUUGCCACGUGCAGCGCUGGCUGGAGCUGCGCCCCGCCAGGCACCAGUGCCCUGAGCACCCCCACCUGCUGCUGCUGCCACUGCCUGCUGGGGCUGCGUGCCAUGAGGGGAGUGAAGAGGGGUCCCCACACCCCCCUCACACCCACACACUGCCCACCCGAGCUCCACGCUGCUCUCCUAGGCACAGGCUCCAUGCUGCUGCCAGCCCCAGGCUCCGUACUCCUGCCCAGCUGGAACUCCGCUGCUGCCCUCUCCCUACCUGCUGCCUGAAACCAGCAGAAGACCAGGGAAGUGGAGCAGGUCCCCGGGGGCUGCAGCAGCCCCCCAUGAAAGCUGUGUGCUGGCCAAGCCAGGCCCUUCUGCCCACGAGGGUGAGAACAAGGCACAAUAGGGUAUUUUGGAGUGUGGGGGGGAGGGGGGCACUACACAUGGGUGGAAGGACUGAGCAGGAUACAAUUAACUGGUGAGCACCGCGUGCCUGGUGGGACAAAUGCGGCCUGCCCCUGCUUCAGAUACUCACUCUUCUAACAGCCAAUUCUUGAGAGCCAAGACUAGACCAUAUUACCAUCCAUUCCUCAGUCCUUCAGAGGCCUCAGCUGGUUUUCUUUUUAGGUGCAUCACUUGGGUCUUUCAGCUCCCUCCUGGGGGAAGUAGAGAACAUCCUUGCUCUCUGGUAGCAAACUCACAGCAAGCUGGUCCCUCCAACAUAACUUUGGCAGUUUCCCUUCCAACCUAGUGCAUUAGCUUUGGUUACAAUAGCAGGAUGGAAAUUCAUCUGGUGCCUGCUGAAUACAGUCUAAUCCAUCUGCCAACAUGAUGCAAUGAUGGUGGAACCAACCCAAAAGUCAAAUCAGUAAAAAAAAAAAAAAAAAAGUCACAGAGGAACAGUCAGUUUGAAAUAAUU